AGCGAAUUUAACCCGGAAGAGGGCGGAGUCUCUUGAGUUGGGAGUUGGCUGGAACCGGAAUCCAGACUCAGCGCGACCAGAACCCUAGACCAGAAAUCGAGACCACCACCCGAACAGGGAGCACGAGGACCGACACGAGACUCGAGUCCACGGAGGCUGAGACGGAGCGCGAUUCACAGUUCGUCAAACUUCACGGAGAGUGAGGCAUUAGCCGCCAACAGCUAACAGUUAGCUGACGGGAAGUGAGUGCAGCGGAAGAAGGGCGCGAGCUACAGGUGUGACUCUUUCCAAGGAUUCGGACAGUAGAAGAAGAAAAGAUGAGUGGCGGCAUGAACAGCAUCGAGGCAGUGAAGAAAAAGAUCAAAGUCCUGCAGGAGCAGGCCGAGGAGGCCGAGGAGCGGGCGGAGCGACUGCAGAGGGAGGUGGAGAAGGAGAAGAGGAGCCGGGAGGAGGCGGAGUCCGAGGUCACGUCUCUGGGUCGGCGUCUGCAGCUCAGCGAGGAGAACCUGGACCGCACUCAGGAGAGACUCGCCGCCGCGCUGCACAAGCUGGACGAGGUUGAGAAGGUAGCGGACGAGAGCGAGAGGGGGAUGAAGGUGAUUGAGAACAGAGCUCUGAAGGACGAGGAGAAGAUGGAGCUGCUGGAGGUGCAGCUGAGGGAGGCCAAAACCAUCGCUGAGGAGGCAGACCGCAAGUACGAGGAGGUGGCUCGUAAACUGGUGAUGGUGGAAGGAGAGCUGGAGCGAGCUGAAGAACGAGCGGAGCAGGCCGAGAGCAAGACCCGGGUGUUGGAGGAGGAGCUGAAAACUGUGUUCACAAGUGCAAAGUCUCUGGAGGCCCAAGCCGACAAGUACUCUCAGAAGGAGGACAGGUAUGAGGAGGAGAUCAAGAGUCUGCGCAACAGACUGAAGGAGGCUGAGACCAGAGCUGAGUUUGCCGAGCGCUCGGUGGCCAAACUGGAGAAAACCAUCGAUGGUCUGGAAGAUGCUUUGACUUCUGCCAAGAACGCAAACCUGGAGCUCCAGGCGACCCUGAACCAGACCAUGGAGGAGCUCAACUCCUGCUGAACCUCUGGCUCCGCCUUACCUGACGUGGAUGUCAGGAAACUCUGUGGCCAAAAUAUUCCUCUUCCCUUUCUUCCUCUGGCCCCUCCCCUUUUCUCUGCUUGCUGGAGGUCAAAAACUAGAUCCUCUGAUCCUGCUAUGAGAGGAGUGUGGGAGAUAUUUCCUCUCCAAUCUGGCUCCUCCCCUCACCUUUGGCCCCUCCCCCUCUUUUCUCACAUUCCUACUUUGAACUUUUUCUGCACAAUUUGCUUUGCCUCCACCUCAGUCAUGUUUUUGUAAUAAUGAGUGACUAACAGCCCCGCCCCUCGUUAACUAAUGGCGUGUUUGUCUUAACGGUUUGUUCCUGCUUUAGUUCACUUUGCCACAAUAAAUAUUGAUGACUGAUUGAUUAAAGCCAAUCUUCUGUUAGCCAAUUAAUUGUUUUUGUCUUCUGGGGUGUGGCUUACUGGAGUGACCAAUAACAGAGGCAUUCAACUGCCAAAUAUGGUGAACAAAGGGGCCAAUCACAAGCCAGACAUGCCUCCUGUUUUCUUUGACCUUAGGACAGAAUCAAAGUUAAGAAAAGUGAUUACCUGGAGGCAGGUGCUGUCAUCACUGAUGAUGUCACAGUUCAUUGUAAUAAAUCGUGAAACAGGAUUUUAUAAAAUAAAAGUACCGUAUGUAGACCCAAACAGA